AUGAGGCACGGCGGGAGGGACGAGGCACGGCGUGACGAAGCUCGACGUGACGUAGCUCGACGCAACGUUUGUCUGGUGGGACGAAGCACGAAGCGACGUCCGGCGGGUGGGACGAGGCUCGACGCGCCGUCCGGCGGAAGGGACCUCGACGUUCGGCGGGAGGGACGACGCACGGUGGGAGGGACGAGGCACGGUGGGAGGGACGAGGCACGGUGGGAGGGACGAGGCACGGUGGGAGGGACGAGGCACGGUGGGAGGGACGAGGCACGGCGGGAGGGACGAGGCACGGUGGGAGGGACGAGGCACGGCCGGAGGGACGAGGCACGGCGGGACCUCAUAGGAUUUUAUUGCAUUCUUUUUGGAAACUACAGGUUUAGAUAUAUCAAAAAU